AGGAGGAGGAGAAGGAAGAGGAGAGGAGAGGAGCAACAGCAGCAGCCUUAGCGCUGGGCCUGGGCGGAGCGCAGCGCCGAGGGGGAGAGGACGAGGGAGGCAGGCUAGUGGGUGUGGGGAACCCUAGCUGGCGCGCUGCGCUUCGCUUUGACUUCCCUCUCUGUCCCUUUGUGUGGGUGCUAUCCUGCAGCGCCUUUGGCCUCAGUCCCUUUACGCCUGGGGCGCCCAGUCUUCUCCUCCGCCUUUCUCCCUACCCCAACCCGCCCCCUCCCCUCCCCUUGAUCCUUGCAUUGCUCUAAAUUCUUCUUAGAGACAAGAUGGCAACACCGGCAGCGGUCAAUCCUUCGGAAAUGGCUUCUGAUAUCCCUGGAUCAGUGGCAUUGCCUGUUGCCCCCAUGGCAACAGGGCAGGUGAGAAUGGCAGGAGCCAUGCCUGCUAGAGGAGGAAAGAGGCGUUCUGGAAUGGACUUCGAUGAUGAAGAUGGUGAAGGCCCCAGCAAAUUUUCAAGAGAGAAUCACAGUGAAAUCGAAAGGCGUAGGAGAAACAAGAUGACCCAGUAUAUCACAGAGCUGUCGGACAUGGUUCCCACAUGCAGUGCCCUGGCUCGCAAACCAGAUAAGUUAACCAUUCUGCGCAUGGCAGUCUCACACAUGAAGUCCAUGAGGGGUACAGGAAACAAAUCUACUGAUGGAGCUUAUAAGCCUUCAUUUUUAACAGAGCAGGAACUAAAACAUCUCAUUCUCGAGGCUGCUGAUGGAUUUCUGUUUGUAGUUGCUGCUGAAACUGGGAGAGUUAUCUAUGUGUCUGAUUCAGUCACACCAGUUCUGAACCAACCCCAGUCUGAGUGGUUCGGUAGCACCCUCUAUGAACAGGUUCAUCCAGAUGAUGUGGAAAAACUGAGGGAACAGCUAUGCACAUCUGAAAACUCAAUGACAGGUCGGAUUUUGGAUCUGAAGACAGGGACAGUGAAAAAGGAAGGUCAGCAAUCAUCUAUGAGAAUGUGCAUGGGAUCCAGACGCUCUUUCAUUUGCAGGAUGAGGUGUGGAAAUGCCCCUUUGGAUCACCUUCCUCUUAACAGAAUAACCACAAUGCGGAAAAGAUACAGGAAUGGCCUAGGUCCAGUAAAAGAAGGAGAGGCACAAUAUGCUGUAGUCCAUUGCACAGGAUAUAUCAAGGCCUGGCCUCCAGCAGGAAUGACUAUACCUGAAGAAGAUGCUGAUGUGGGACAAGGUAGUAAAUAUUGCCUUGUGGCAAUUGGGAGACUUCAGGUAACUAGCUCCCCUGUGUGUAUGGACAUGAACGGGAUGUCUGUCCCUGCUGAGUUCUUAUCCCGACACAACUCUGAAGGAAUCAUCACAUUUGUAGAUCCAAGAUGCAUCAGUGUUAUUGGCUACCAACCACAGGAUCUUCUGGGAAAGGACAUUUUGGAAUUCUGCCAUCCUGAAGAUCAGAGCCAUCUAAGGGAGAGUUUUCAACAGGUCGUUAAGCUGAAAGGCCAAGUACUAUCAGUCAUGUAUCGAUUUCGGACCAAAAACCGGGAGUGGAUGUUAAUCAGGACCAGCAGCUUCACUUUUCAGAAUCCUUAUUCUGAUGAGAUUGAAUACAUCAUCUGCACCAACACCAAUGUGAAACAACUUCAGCAACAGCAGGCCGAACUUGAAGUACACCAGAGAGAUGGACUGUCUUCAUAUGAUUUAUCUCAGGUGCCUGUUCCAAAUAUACCAGCUAAUGUUCAUGAGACUGGAAAACCAGUAGAAAAGGCAGACACAAUCUUUUCCCAAGAAAGAGAUCCUCGGUUUGCAGAGAUGUUUGCAGGAAUAACUGCAUCGGAGAAAAAAAUGAUGGCAUCUGCCUCAGCGGCUGGGAACCAACAACUUUACUCCCAAGGAAGCCCCUUCCAGCCAGGACACUCGGGAAAGGCUUUCAGCUCUUCGGUGGUUCACGUACCUGGAGUCAAUGAUAUUCAGUCCUCUUCUUCAACAGGCCAAAAUAUGACGCAGAUUUCUCGUCAGAUAAAUCAGAGUCAAGUUGCCUGGACUGGGAGUCGUCCACCAUUUCCUGGACAGCAAAUCCCAUCGCAGUCCAGCAAGACUCAGUCUUCUCCCUUUGGGAUUGGGACCAGCCAUACCUACCCAGCCGACCCAUCCUCCUACAGUCCUCUCUCCAGUCCAGCCACUUCUUCACCCAGUGGGAACGCCUACUCCAGCCUCGCCAACAGGACCUCGGGGUUUGCUGAAAGUGGACAAAGUAGCGGGCAGUUUCAAGGGAGGCCUUCAGAGGUCUGGUCGCAGUGGCAAAACCAGCAUCAUAAUCAGCAGAGCAGUGACCAACAUUCACAUCAGCAGCCCAAUCAGACUGAAGUAUUCCAGGACAUGCUACCGAUGCCAGGAGACCCAACUCAGGGAACAGGCAAUUAUAAUAUUGAAGACUUUGCUGAUCUAGGCAUGUUCCCACCAUUUUCUGAGUAACAUCUUAGAGGAAAAUACAAAGAAGAAGAAAUCUCCCUUUACCCAGCGCCAUUCUGUGAAAUCAUCCCCAUUGUAUUUGGGGCCUGGCUUUGUCAGUGUUUUACUACCAUAUCACCUACCAAGAAAGGGAUCUAAUUUCUUGUAUUGCAGUAGAAAUUCCCUCAUCUUAGUGAUCAUGUGUAAUCUGCAUUAAUAGUGCCUGGGCUUCUCUAUGGCUUUCAGAUAUGGUACUCUGGGGAGUGGUAUGUAUUUUUUUUUAAUCUCAUCUUGUUUUCUUUUGCCUCAGAAGUGAGUUUUGAGGGGUCUUUCAAAUUGAAAUGUGAGCCACCUCUGAAAAAAGACUUUGGGUCUUUUUAAAAAACAAUGAUAAAUUUAAUCAAGACCCAAAGGAGAGGUCAGAUAACGCCCAGUGCUAAGAUCUACUACCAGGAAAGUAAAAAACCAGUUAACAUACCGCUUUUUAAACUUCUGUUUGGCAAAGGUGGUGGGGGUGGGGAAGAGCAGGGAUUCAAUUUCUUUUUGCUGUCUGCCAUGCUAUUUUAGCUCAUUUUGAAGAUGAGAAGCAAAAGCCGUUAACAUGGGCCAGAUGAAGCCCAAGAGCCUUUUCCUUUGCCUUGCUCAAAACAACUAAAUCUGAAUGUGUGUACAUCUUAGUGCCGUUUGUUUGUAUAUUUUGUGCUGUGUGAAGUGAAUUUCCUGUUCUGGUAGAUUCAUUUUUUACCUUGUGUCUGUCAUGUGAGACCAAAGUGGGGGUGGGGGGUGGGGGGGUGGCUGGGAGAAGGGGAAUGGGAAAGAAAAUAGUCCACUGGGAAACAUAGCCGUGGUGGUGGAUUCUGCAUUCCCUGAGCUCAGAAAUGUUCUUGCAAUUGAUAAUUCAUAUUCAGUGGGAUAGAAACUCUAUAGUCGCCUAUGCUUAUGUUCCUGGUUUUGCACAGAUUUUAUGACCAAGAUUAAGAUUUCAAGCAUAACCAACUAGAAAUCAAAGACGAGUGUUAAUUGUUCACUCCACUAAAGUUACCUCAAUAAGGAACUUCUAGAGUCUGAUCAUCUGACAUAGGAUGAGGAAUUUUCUUUUUCAAAUCAGUUAUCCCAUUUCCUAAUAUAAAUAAGCCGCUUGGGAUUCUCACAACUCUGUCAGAUCCAAAUUUUUUCCACAGUAAGAAUUUCUGCUAUUUCUCAUGCUUAUAGUUUAUAGUAAGAGAAUCUCUUGCCUCUGCCUAUCAAUACGAUCCCCAAAGGAAUAACUCUGUGCUGAGCACAGCUUCUUUCUGUAAAUUAGAAAGCAUUGAAUGAUGUCAUCGAUACUGCAUCAACCAAAAGGUCUUCCUGAACAUAUGAUCACUGGAGCUUGGGUUGUCAGGGUCAUCAGGGACCCUUUCAGUGAAUAUUUCAAGAGAAGUGAAUGAUACUAUAAGCUGUGAACUUGAACAUUAUUCUCUAAAUUGAUGUUAAUUUUCCACACAAAUCCACCCCAAAUUUGCAAGCUUUAAUUUAAAUCAGGAUUAACAAUCCUAAAGGGAAAGAAAGUGUUGCAUUCAGUUUUUGCUGGGAGGAAGGCCUUGAGAAUCAGCUCAUCAAGUGAAAUGAAUUCCUGUUACUCAAAAUGAUUUAGCCUCUUCUGCCUCAUCCCUGGCAGGGAUUUUCUUCAUUCUCCAAGCCAUGCUAUUCCUGUAAAAUUGCUCCAUUUUUCAUCAUCAAAUUAUGUGCUAUAUAAUUAAUACCUGGAGCAGUAGAAAAUCACUUAUAAGUUAUCAUCUUCCCUCCUUUUCAGCUUUUUUUCCCCUUCCUUCAGGAUUGUUUUUAUUAACAGAGAUUUUGGCUUUUGCCCUUUGAUUUAAUAAAGGAGUUAAAGAAAUUAUUUCAACUCCACUAGUUAUUGAGGCAUAUCUAAUCCCCAUUCCCAUUUGCAUCCCUGGUGUGGGAGAAUGAAAGAAAUAUAUUAAUUCAUUUGGUGGUUAAGACAAAAGGAUUAUCUUCUAAUAGAAAAAACAACACUUAGUUAAGCCUUAUGCAGAAAUAUAUGUGUUCUCUUUGAAGUCUCUGAAGACUGAAUGAACCAAUGAUUGUUUAAUGAGUCAGUAAAGAAAUAGCCUGUGCUUCUCUUCCCCAUCCAUUCCGGUGAGCAUAAAAAAUUCAUGCAUUCUAGGGCUGUCUGGAUAUAGAGUGGGUUGAACUCAUAGGGUUGAAUCAAGGUGGAGACUGGGGAUAUGUUUAGGAUCCUUCCAUUGCAUUGUGUUAUAGAACCCAAAGAUCCUAUCACUUAUAACUCGAAAACAUUUGUUCUUGUGAUUAAACUUGGGAUUGGGACUUCUAUAUUCAAAAGUGUUGGAAGCCUUUAGCUCCUAAGAUCAUAUAUAAAUGAUGAUCUGUGGAAAAUCUUUUGCAAAAUAUUUACAUACUGUUAGGAAAAAUACAUUCAUACUACUAGCACCCUGGAGUUCCUGGUUCACAUUCUGGAAACUAAGGCUGAUUCUAUGUUUAUGUGUACGUGUGUAUACAUACAUACAUAUAUAUAUGUAUGUAUGUAUACACGUGUGUGUAUACACACAUUUAUAACAGAAAAAAGGAAAGAGAAAUGUAAUACAUGUAACACAUUUAUAGAGUGAGAUUGAUAACUUAAUGCAUCUAAUUACUUCUUUCAUAUACAGUCUGACAUCAGGAAUCUUUAUGCUUCUGGGGAAAAUGGCAAGCAAUUCAAAUUACUUCCCCUGAAUUUCCUGUAGUUCUUACAUUUUGACAAAGCCAAAAUAUCCUGAAACAACUUCCACUUGCCUGAACCUGCCUUUUCACCCCUAGCAGUUUCAAAUAUGUAGCUAGCCAUUGUUAUAAUACCUUUUAAAUGAGAUUUAGGAACUUUUAGAUAAAAAUGCUGAGAAUCCAUAAUAAAAUGAAAAUUGAAAUGAAACCAAAUUGCAUCAAUGGAUAGGUUUAUGUUAAAGUGUAAUCAAUAGAUCAAUAAAAGUAUAUUGAGCUGCUUGCUAUGUGCCUAAAACUGUAAGAGGAAUUGUAGGAGAAUACAAAAUAAGUUUCAGAUAGGACCCUGUCUUUAGGGAGCUUCAGUCUCCCUCUUUCUUACAAAGGUUCCAUUCAGUUUAGUCAAUUUAACCCAAUUCUUAGGGACAGAGGUCCAGGAUUGCAAAGAUAAUUGAAAUCCACAAGUAAUCCAGGAAUCCCAUAGGUCUAACACUCUUCCAUUAAAAUAUUUUAUGAGGAUGAAUAACAAGUAACAUCCUUCCCAGAUCUCUGGUUCCAUGAUAAGGAGUCAAAAAGACUAUUCUAAGAUGUAUUAUUUUCCACUUUUUUCCUGCCCACUUACAGAGUAAAGAAAUGGCUGAAAAGCAAUUUUUUAAAAAAGAGAAGCAAAAAACCUAGAUGACUCCUAAGUUAGAUAAUUAGCUCCAUGUUUACUUAAUCAGGAGCCAAGUGUGGGGAAAUUAUUUUCUAUAAAUCCACUUUUAUCUCUGUGGGUUAUAUGGGUGACCUCUUCUAGUCUUUCUGUAGAAUACAAAGCAAAACAUUUUUCCUCUUUCCUUUUUCUGUAAUUUUGAUAAAUUCCAUGUUCUCCUUUUUUCUUAUCCUUCUACUUUGAUUUGACUACUAAAUCUUGAAUGGCUUUCCUUAAGAUAAGCAGUGCCAGGAGGGGUAGAUAGCUUUAUAUUCUCUUUAAGAAAGAGAACCCUGAAGGUGGCAGCCCAUCUCCUGAGAAUCAGCAAGAACAAUUGAUAGAGACCUCUACAGAGGCUAUUUUCACCUCCCGGUGACAACGGAGAAAGCUUGGGAACUAUGAUUUUGUUGAGUCUUUUGAGUCAUGUCUGACAUGAUCCCAUUUGGGUUUUUCUUGGCAAAGAUACUGUAAUGGUUUGUCAUUACUUCUCUGACUCUUUUUAUAGAUGAGGACACAAAAGGUUCCAUGAGUUUCCCAGUCAUACAGCUAAUAAAUUCUGAUGUUGGAUUUGAACCCAAGAAGAUAAGUCUUCUUGACUCCAGAUCCCGGGUGUCUAUACACUGGGCCACCUAGCUGCCUAAGAAUUAUGGCUACUUCAUCAAUAAAGACCAUAUCAUGUAAGCACCUGGUUCUGUGUUCCAUAGGUUACUAAAGCCUAAAAAUGCAGCCUCAGUCUCCGUUGUGCUUACAUAUUUAUAGUAUCUAGAACUGGAAGGAACUUUAGACAUUACCUGGUCUAAAAAUAAGAAAACUGAGACUCAGAGAAAUUAAGUGAUUUAUUUUCCCAAAGUCAGACAGUGGUGGAGCCACAAUGCAAAUACAAGAUUCUCUAACCCCAGAAUCCCCACUUUCAUGGAGUUAUCUGUGACAUUUUAAUUGCCUGAGAUGCUUUCUUCAGGAAUUGCUAUUGAUGAUAUACUGACAGUAUUAGAAGCCCACAAAAUUUAAUUUGGAAGCUUGGUUUUUUCUUGAUGAAUUAGUUGUUAUCGAGUUGUAAGAGAAAAAUAGGGAACCAACUUUGCAUAUAACUCUGCUCCAACUCACCAAAGGGGAACACAUUGAAAUUUGCUUAUCUGGCAAUAUAUUGAUUUUAUUUUUUAUUCAAUAUCUCUUGCCAAAAGGAAAAAAGUGAAAAAUAUGGAGAGCAAAUGAAUACUUGUAGUAAACAAAGUCACUUUGUGACAACGACAGCAUUUUUCAUGAAAUGAGUGUGAACCAGUAACUUAACACACUAGUUUUGCCAAGUUAUCAUGUCAAAUAGAUGUCAAGGGAACAGAGACCACUUUUAAUUUUCCCAAGUAAUUAUUUUAUUACAGAAAGGAUCCUGUUUCCUGGUGUGGUCUGAUGAGCAAAGCGGAUAACAUGACUUGCCAAAGCCAUGACUUCCCACACCCCAGGAUAUGCCUAUCACUAUCAUUCCCUUUCUCCUUUCCUGAAAGUCCAUCCUAAAAUUGUACAUACAUUUUGCAGUACUGCCUUUGUCAGUGAUUAUUUGGGGGCACAGUGCCACAUGGUAUGAGAUUUACCCAGUUGCUCUAACAUAUAUUUUUAUACAUAAGUAUACACUUUUUGGAAAGUAAAGACAGCCCCUGAAUUUUAAAUGCCUUAUCAGUGUCAGCUGCCUUUGCAAUGGUUGAGCUCGGGUUGAUUUCCAAGGAUUUGGCUGAAUCUCAUUUUCGAAGUCAUCAUUUUAAGGUCUGAUGAACUACAUGGACAUGUAACAUCUCUUUAUUCCCUUUUUGAAAAACAAAAAUCAAGAAGCCCCAGACUGGCUUCAGGGGACAACACGUUAAGCACUUAAUUAGUUCUCUGGUUAAAUUCUUCAUAUGGAUGUGAAUUGUGCUGUGGAAUUUGUACUUUGUACUUCUUGAAUGUUCUAUAUUUAUGACUAACAGUUAUAAAGUCAUUUGUGUACAUGUGUAACUAAUAACUGACUUUUUAAAGUUCAUUACAAUAAAAAAUCAUCAGAUGUGA